CAUAGCUAUCCUCAAUCAACCGCUAGUGUAACUCUGGAAGUGGGGAGCUUUCUGGUUAUGGCCGACGCCUCCUCGUGAACCCGUUGCUUUCUCCUCCUGCAUCUCUCAAUGGAGCUGCCAUCAAUGGCCAUCAAUAUUUCACGGGGGUUAUCUUCACCUUCACUCUGCCCUAAAUGUUCAUUCCAUUGCUAUUAUAGAUUCCAUCGCCAGUUCCCUUUGAGAAGAUUAAAGCUUUGUGGCAAUUUCAAACGGCCGCGUGGAAUGCAAUCGAGUUUCGAGAGACAUUCUUCUUCGUCAUCACCAAUAUUGAACCUGGAGGGGGCUAUGGAUUUAUGGGAAGAAACCGAGAUUGUGGAAGUAAUUGGCAUUGGAAGUCGGAAGGACGCAGUUCUUGACUUCUGUUUGCGUUCGGCAUCGCUUUCACCAUGCUUAAGGUUCUGGAAUAUUAUUAUGGAAGAAACAUUUAAGGUGCAAUUACAGCAACGGUUACUUGGAGACGAUAUCACCAAAACAAUUGUGGAAGAGCCGGUGGCCAUGGCGUCACGUUCAAAAGCUGUUAUACUUGUGGCUGGGGCAUCUUAUGGAUCAGAUCUUACCACAGUGCAUGAUAUAUUUGAAGCAAUAAAACUUGCAAAUGGCUUUGUCGUGACUAUCAUUCUGAAGCCUUUUAGAUUUGAAGGUCGAAGGCGCCAAGAUGAGGUGAAGGACUUGCUGAAUAAACUUGAGGGGCUUACGGAUUUCUGUAUCAUGGUUGACGCCGAUGCACUUCUAGAAAAAGACCUCGUAACUUUGGAUGAGGCAUUACAAAUUGCAAAUAAUGCUGUCUUGAUGGCACUGAAUGCAGUCUCCGUUCUGACAUCUGAGCACAACAGAAAAUUUCUAGACAUACCACAUGAGGGUAUGAAAGAACUUGGAGUCAUAGACCUCAAAAAGAUUUUAGGAGGCUAUGAGGAGGCGAAAAUUGGAUAUGGAGUUGGUUAUGACAUUGAAACUUCGGUUGUUCAAGCAAUAUAUGAUUGCCCUUUCCUUAGCUCGGGUGUAAAGGACAUAAAUGGAAUUGUUGUAUUUAUCCUAGCAAGUUCGGCUGUCAUUGACAGCCAUGAAAUGCAUGGCAUUUUGCGUACCUUUCGUCAAGCUGCAGAAUGGGAGGGGGACAUUAUAACUUCCUUAGUUCAUGAACCGGAUAUGAGUCCCAACUCAUUUGCAACAACCAUAUUCACUAUCGGUUGCAUCAGGCAUGAGUCUCCUAAAAAAGAUGGCAUAUUUUCUAGACUGGUCCGACGUUUUCCUUACAUUUUCAACAUUUUGAGGCCACAGUCACAGCUGGAUAUCAUUCAAGAAAAUAGUUCGUUGGACAGUACAUUUUCUCCUCAGGGAAUGAAACCCGAAAAAUAUGAAAACCCAAAUGUAGGUUCUAUCAGUGGUUCUGUUGAAGGUUUUCAUAAUUGGUCUUCAGAACUCCAGUCAAUAUUGAGCGAUGCUACAGAUGCAAAAACUUUAUUAAGGGAUCAUGGUGUUACUGAACAAAGUAAUGCUGAAUUUCCACAAGCCACCUUCUACAAUGAAUCAGCUGAAGGAUCGCUAACACUUCAAAGGGAGCUUCUGAUUAACCGAAGGCCAGGGUAUCUUAUUGCUGAAGAAGCAGCCAAUGAGACUAAUAAGUCUGGUGAUGCUCUAAUGCUUGGCAACCUGAACAUCUAUAAACUUCCUGUUGGAGUAAAACUAUCAGGAGACCUGAAAGAUGGUCCCAAUGGCUCAAGGGUCAUGCACUAUCCGGAGGAAAAUAGUGAACCUGAAAUGAAGGAUGAGACGCGGUUUUCUGUAAGCAUGUCAUUUGAUGAAUCUCCUGAUGCUAGUUUGCAAACAGCAAUGGAUUUUAGCAGUAGCGUCUCUGCUCGUCAGAAUAGAGUGUAUCCGGAUGGUUCUAAGAAGAACGGAACACUUUCUGCCCGUGCAGCAUCUAUGCUGGAAUCUGAACGUGAGUCACAAAAGAAGUGGAGUCCUGUAGUGGAGAUAAACUAUCGUGGAGGUAUAUAUGUGGGGCGCUGCCAGGGAGGUCUUCCUGAAGGGAAGGGUCGUUUGUCACUGGGCGAUGGAAGCAUGUAUGAUGGUUUGUGGCGCUAUGGUAAGAGAUCAGGAUUGGGGACAUUUUGCUUCAGCAACGGGGAUGUCUUUCGUGGGUCAUGGAGGGAUGAUGUUAUGCAUGGGAAGGGAUGGUUUUACUUUCACACGGGAGAUAGGUGGUUUGUGAAUUUCUGGAAGGGAAAAGCAAAUGGAGAAGGGCGGUUCUAUUCAACGAAUGGUGAUAUCUUUUUUGGCCAUUUUAAAAAUGGAUGGCGAGAUGGGCACUUUCUGUGUAUUGAUGUCAGUGGGUCAAGGUAUGUUGAAAUUUGGGAUGAAGGCAUGCUAGUAAGCCGUAAGCAGUUGGAAUCUGAUGACAGUGCUGGAUAAAACCUCCCAUCUGUUUUGCUGCAUUAUUUGUUAUAAAGAUUCAUGCACAUCAGCAACAGAAUUACUCAUGGAAGUGCAUGAUCUAAGGAAGAACAGAAUUUUGACCGCUUCAUCAGCAUGUAUAUAUGUAUGUAUGUAUCAACAAAUCAAAUCACAUCCGACCUUGUUAAGUAACCAAUGGCGGUUCAAUACAAGUCCAGGAUCUUCAUAUAGCUCAUAGACCAACUAACAUUGAAAUUGUAUGGUUUGAUCUGUUUGAUGCUCGCCUAUCGGCCUGUUUAUUAGCAGCUUAAUGAGCUUAUGGGACAUAUUGCUUAUUUGGUUGAACUGUUUGGUGGUGGUUUGAUGAUAUAGA